GGUGUAGACGUUAGUGAAACACAAGUGGAGGAGACCUUCUCAAUGACAGGAACAACAAAUGGAGUUUUCGACUAUCAGUGACUAAAACUCAACCAGUCUGUUUGCGAAGAGAAAUCAUAUCCCUGAAAUAAAAGUGAAGUUAUAUGGACAAGUACUUGAACAAGUUAAAGAUAUAAGAUAUCUAGGAAUAUGGAUGGAUUCCAGGUUGACUUUUAAGAUGCAAAUACUGAAUCCAGUGGUGGCGGCAAUACACAUAAGUUGGCUUGUCAACCGCCAUUAAAUCGUACAACAAGAAGAAGAAGAAGAAGAAGACGGAAAAGGAAGUUGCGCCAUUACGUGAUCGUGCGUUGAGCAGAAAGUGAUCACAGAUGCCGCUCAGCGAUUACAUGAUAAACAUUUAAAACAGCGACGGUGAAGUUGUGACAGCGGUCAUGAGGAGGAGUAAAGCAGAAGUGGAUCGAUAUGUUUCUUCAGUUCAGAGCGCCUCUCCCUCUCAGAAACAGAAGUCAGGGAAAGGGUUUCUGUUUGCCAAACUAUACUUUGAGGCUAAAGAAUAUGAACUUGCUAAAAGGCAUGUUUCGGAGUAUUUGACCGUACAGCCGAAGGAUCCUAAAGCACACAAGUUCCUCGGGCAGCUGUUCGAGCGUGACGGUGAAACGGACAAAGCUGUGGGAUGUUACAAGCGUUCGGUGGAUCUGAAUCCGACUCAGUCAGACCUGGUUCUGAAGGUGGCGGAGCUGCUGUGUGGGAAACCGGAGCCUGACAGCCGGGCCGAGUUCUGGGUGGAGAAAGCUGCCAAGCUCCUGCCGGGAAAUCCCGCCGUCUUCAAUCUGAGGGAGAAGCUUCUGAGCACACGAGGACAGAAUGGCUCCAACCAGCUGUACGAGCUGCUUCAGUCGGAGCUCCAGCUGCGGCCCGACGACACCUACAUCAACCACAAGCUGGUGCGUCUGUACAGCGCAGACGGCCGGCACGAGGAGGCGCUGAAGCACUGUCUCGUGGUGGAGAAGACUGGCCUUCUGAGGGACCGUCUGGAGUGGUACGAGCUUCUGGUCAGCACCCUUCAGGAGUAUCUCUGCCAGCCGAGCGUGGCGUCGAACGAGCAGGCGUCGCGCAAGCUUCACAAAGAGCUGCUGCUGGCGCUCUGCAGCCGCGUCAGACUGACACUGACGGUGAAGAGCUGUGAGGAGAGCGCUGAUGCUCUCUGGAGUUUGGACCGUGCGAUGCAGUCUCUGAAGAACACUGCCACAAACACGCUGGACGGGCUGUCGGAGGUGUUCACGGAGAUGAGGGCUCAGCUGUACCUGUACGCCGGGACGCUGCUGCUGAAGAUGGCGCAGGACGGGGCGCAGCAGUGGAGGGCUGUGCAGGAUUUAGCCGCUCUCUGUUAUCUUGUGGCCUAUCAGGCUCCGAGACCCAAAGCCAAGAGUUUGAAAAGUGAGCACGCGUCCCAUGAGCCUUUGGAGCUGCUGGCCUCGGACCGCCAGAGUCAGGCGGGUCACAUGCUGUUGAAUCUGAGCCAGGACGUGGAGCAGCUGCUGAAGGACGUGGUGGAGGCGUUUGGGAACCGGAGAGCGCCGAGCUCUCUGUUCGACAUGCUCUUCGGCACACAGACCCACGAGCGGCUCUCCUUCAUCUACAACGACGAGAUGCAUGUGGUCGGCGCACACGCGCCCAGCGCCGCAGAUCUGGCCAAGUGGGACAGCGGUGCAGUGCUGCUGCACGCGGGCGAUCUUCAGCACCUGGCGUGGCUCGGCCUGCAGUGGGCGCUGAUGGAGCAGAGCGUCAGCCUGCAGCACUGGCUCAAGCAGCUCUUCCCUCGACUCACGCUCGAGACCUCCAAACUGGACACCAACGCACCCGAGUCCAUCUGCCUGCUCGACCUGGAGGUGUUCUUGUGUGGCGUUGUGUUCAGCAGUCAGACGCAGCUGCAGGAGACGGCGCGGAUGGCCUCGUGCUCCUCGCCGCAUCAGCCCCGGUGUUUGCCUCUGAACAUCAUGAAGCUCCUGUCCUCCUCCAAGCAGCGUGAGUGGUGGGACGCCGUCUACAGCCUGAUCCACAAGAGAGCGCCGCCGGGGACGUCGGCUAAACUGCGGCUGCUGGUUCAGCACGGUCUUGGCACGCUGCGCGCCGGUGAGAAACACGGCCUUCAGCCGGCGCUGCUCAUCCACUGGGCUCAACAUCUCACUGACGUGAGUGAACGGGUGAACUCUUACUAUGACCAGAAGGAGUAUGCAGGCCGCAGUGUGCACUACUGGAAAGUUGUGCUUCCCUUGCUUGAGAAAAUCCGAAGCAAACGCAGCAUUCCUGAACCUCUGGAGCCGAUGUUCAUGCACUUUCGCAGUAAAGACAUACAGCCUUCUCAAGUGCGAGUAUAUGAGGAAGAGGCCGCCAUAAGCUUUGCCACACUGCUUGACAUCGAGGGCAACACCGAUGAGGCCAUCGCAAAGCUGGAGAAGCUCAACAGCAUCUUGUCUAACUGGCAUCUUGCAAAGAUCUAUCAGAGGCUGUCGGAGGAGAUGGGAAACGGGCUGGAGGAGACGCAGGGCAGGUGCACCAACUUCCUCCUGCAGUUCAGGAAAUACCUGACAAAGAUUUAUCAGGCCAGUCCAGAGGACAUGGACAAGUUACCUGUAUCUAUGGAGGAUGUGAUGGAUUUGCUGAAUGAGGUCAACCAGCAGCUUGCAGAUGAUGGCGAGCGGGAUGAAGAUCAGGUGGACUAUCCGCUGACGUCCAGCCCCGGUCAGCCCACAGAGCCGCAUGUGAAAUUCUCCACUCCGUCCCCAUCCAAAAGUGUCACGUCUCCAUCCAAAAGAUCCGUGUUCUCGCCCAAAACGCCUCCUCACUGGGCCGAGGACCAUAAGUCCCUCUUGCAGAUGUUGUGCCAGCAGGUCGAGUCCUUGAAGAAUGAGGUUCAUGACCUGCGCCAUAAUUCCUCUGAUGGUACACCAUCCUCAUAUAGGAUGUAUCGAGAUAAUUAUACUGCAGAAGGACUUCAGGAAGCAUUUCCUGGAGCACAGGCAUUCCAUGGUGUUCCUCUUACCGUUGCCACUACAGGUCCCUCUGUGUACUACAACCAGUCUCCAGCAUAUAAUUCACAGUAUCUUCUACGCACUGCUGCAAAUGUUACACCAACAAAGGGCCCAGUAUACGGGAUGAAUCGUCUUCCUCCACAGCAGCAUAUGUAUGCCUACCAACAAUCAACACACACCCCACCUCUUCAGUCAACUCCCGCAUGCAUAUAUCCUCAAGAGCAGGUCUUUGGUGCUCCCAUCCGGUUUGAGUCACCAGCUACAUCCUUACUCUCCCCAUACAGUGAAGAGUAUUAUGGUCACAAUGUUCCUCAACCUACAGUCAAUCCAACAUUGCCAGAGCCUGGGUAUUUCACUAAGCCAUGUGUCGUUACACCCACGCAGCCAUCCAGGAGCAGUGAAAGCAAGCCUGUUGAUCCCAAGAUGAGUUUUGGGUCGCAGUUCACAGGUGAACCUCCUAAGGUUCCAAACUUUGGGGGUGUUGCCGUUGCCCCGUCAACAUCAGCAACAACUGCAUUCAAGUUCAACUCCAAUUUCAAGUCCAAUGAUGGUGAUUUCACCUUUUCCUCUGCUCAGAUGAAAAAUAGUGAAAGCCUCUUGGGACUUCUGACAUCAGAUAUUCCUCCCAAAGUAGAGGGACCAUCAGAACCGAAACAUCAGACCCAAGACCAGCCGCCUAGUCAGAGUGGAGUCUUUACUUUUGGGAGUAAAAUUACCACAGGAUUUUCAUUCACUGAUGCUGCUCAGAGCAAAAUGAGUGUUUUUGGCAACACUGACCAAAGAUUUAGCUUUGCAAGUGGAACCAAACCAGUAUUGGGAAAUCUAGAGGCUCGGGAAGAGAAAAAUGGGGAAAGUGAUAAUGAUAGCACCCAUGUGGAGGAGGACGAGGAUGGCCCUCAUUUUGAGCCCAUUGUGCCUCUUCCUGAUAAGGUUGAUGUGAAAACUGGUGAGGAGGAGGAAGAAGAAAUGUUCUGCAAGAGAGCAAAACUCUUCCGGUUUGACUCUGAGACUAAAGAAUGGAAAGAGAGAGGCAUUGGAAGUAUCAAAAUUCUAAAACACAGGACAUCUGGGAAAGUUCGUCUGUUGAUGAGGAGGGAACAGGUUCUCAAAAUCUGUGCUAAUCACUAUAUCACUGCAGAUAUGGCCCUCAAACCAAAUGCUGGAUCUGACAAGUCCUGGGUGUGGUAUGCAAUGGACUAUGCAGAUGAAAUGCCGAAGACUGAGCAGUUGGCCAUUCGUUUUAAAACUGCGGACGAGGCUGCACUGUUUAAAGUCAAAUUUGAGGAGGCUCAAAAAUUCCUUCAGGAGUCCCCACAAGGCCAACAGUUGGAAAAGAAAUGUGAAACUCCAAAGCCUCAGGUUUCCUCCAAAGAAGUGGAUCUUAAAACACUGUUUUCCAAGAAGGAGGGUGAAUGGGACUGCAAUGUGUGCUGUGUACGAAACGCUCCCACAUCUGUGGUUUGCGUUGCCUGCAACAGUGCAGCUCCUUCCACAGCAAAGGACAAACCUGUAGAGUCCCCACUCUUCCAACAGUUGGAAAAGAAACGUGAAACUCCAAAGCCUCAGGUUUCCUCCAAAGAAGUGGAUCUUAAAACACUGUUUUCCAAGAAGGAGGGUGAAUGGGACUGCAAUGUGUGCUGUGUACGAAAUGCCCCCACAUCUGUGGUAUGCGUUGCCUGCAACAGUGCAGCUCCUUCUACAGCAAAGGACAAACCUGUAGAGCAACUCAAAGGCUCUGUGCCUGCGGCUCCUCCUGCCAAAUUGUUUUCUUUUGGUCUCUCUGGAGAUUCUGAAAAGAAUACUGUCAGCACUGAUGUCAGCUCAAAGGGCUUAGCAUUUGGGUCUCAAAUACCAGUUUCUUUUCAAUUUGGAUCAAAUGAUGCUACAGUAACAUCUGUUGGCCUUGCAGCUCAGGCUGAUAAGAAAACUAUUCAGACUGAUGCACCACAACCUGCGAAAGUGUCAGCAGCUCCAUCAUUCUCCUUUGGCUCUGGAUUUGGCUCUCAAUUUGCCAAGAAAGAGGGUCAGUGGGACUGUGACUCCUGCUUUGUAAGGAAUGAUGCUUCAGCAACUGAAUGUGUUUCUUGCAAAGCCCCCUGCAGCACUGGGUUAGCUGCCAUGUUUGGUAAAAAGGCAGGACAGUGGGAUUGUGACACUUGCCUGGUAAGAAAUGAAGGUACAUCUAGCCACUGUGUCUCUUGUCAGGCAGCAAACCCAAAUAUGAAAGGCAAGACCUCUACUGCACAAUCAAGUUCCUCUUUUAACUUCAGUUUUGGUAGUUCUAGCAAGCAACCUGCUGCAACAGGAUUUACAGCCAAUUUCAAUCCAGGUCCUGCUUUUCAGUUUGGUACAAGUAAGGAUAAAACAUCCUCAGAAAGUUUCAAGUUUGAGUCCUCUACAACUCAGGCUGAUAAGUCAUCAAGCAGUUCUAAUUUUUCAUUCUCCAUGCCAGUGCCUGCUGGUGGUUUCAAGUUUGGCAUUGUAGAAUCUGAGGCAAAAGCAUCAGAUGGACAGUCACAAAAUGGAUCUGCAUCUGACCUCCUCAAAAAUAUUGCCGAGCUUCACAGAGAGAAGGAAAAAGAGUCAAUUCCAAGUUCCUCAGAUGAGCCUGUAGACUCUGGUAGUCACGAUAACAAUCCCCUCAUUACCGGUAAGCCUAACACCUUUAGUUUUGCAGACUUGGCAAAGUCCUCACAAGGUAGUUUUCAAUUUGGCCAGAAGGAUAUUGUUGAACUUCAGAGAGAGAAGGAAAAAGAUGCAACCCCAAGUUCCUCAGAUGAGCCUGUAGACUCUGGUAGUCACGAUAAUAAUCCCCUCAUUACCGGUAAGCCUAACACUUUUAGUUUUGCAGACUUGGCAAAGUCCUCACAAGGUAGUUUUCAGUUCGCACAGGAGGAUCCUACUUUUAAAGGCUUUGCAGGGGCUGGCGCACAGCUCUUUACAGGAAUUAAUUCCAGCUCCAAAGCAGACACCUCUGUUGAUCAAGAUGAUGAAAUGUACAAAACAGAGGAGAAUGACGAUAUUCAGUUUGAGCCAGUUGUUCAGAUGCCUGAGAAGGUUGACCUUGUUACAGGGGAAGAAGAUGAGAAAAUCUUGUAUUCACAGCGUGUUAAACUCUUCAGAUUUGAUACAGAAACAAGCCAAUGGAAAGAAAGAGGAGUUGGCAACCUUAAACUGCUCAAAAAUAAUAAGAAUGGGAGACUUCGAGUUCUUAUGAGGAGAGAGCAGGUGUUGAAGGUAUGUGCUAAUCAUUGGAUCACAACCACAAUGAAUUUAAAGCCCCUUUCUGGGUCAGACCGAGCCUGGAUGUGGAUGGCCAAUGACUUUUCAGAAGGAGAUGCCAAAUUAGAACAGCUUGCGGCAAAAUUCAAAACACCAGAGCUUGCAGAAGAGUUCAAGCAAAAAUUCGAGGAGUUUCAGCGGCUGCUAUUGGAUAUUCCUUUACAGACCCCUCACAAGCUUGUGAAUACUGGCAGAACAGCCCAACUUAUACAGAAAGCUGAAGAAAUGAAAUCUGGUCUUAAAGACCUCAAAUCAUUCUUGACUUACCAAAGCAAGGAGGAUGAAAAUAGUGUUGCAGGGAACAGUACCUCUACAGUCAUAGUCAAGCUCGACUCUGAAAACACUAGUACUGCUUUAGAAUGGGAUAAUUAUGAUUUGCAAGAGGAAGCCCUCAAGAACUAUGCUAAUUCCUCUCUGUGCGAUGCCUCUUCACAGCCUGAUUCAGUAGCAAAAAGUUUGUUCCGUUUUGGCGAAUCGUCCACAGGCUUUAGUUUCAGUUUUCAGCCUAUUCUCAGUCCCUCCAAGUCUCCGUCUAAGUUAAAUCAGAGCCAGGCUUCUGUUGGCACAGAUGAUGAACAAGAAGCAUCGCAAGAGGAAGAGCGAGAUGGUCAGUACUUUGAGCCUGUUGUGCCAUUGCCUGAUCUUAUCGAGGUCUCAACGGGGGAAGAGAACGAGCAAGUCAUUUUCAGUCACAGGGCCAAACUAUACCGCUAUGAUAAAGAACUUAGUCAGUGGAAGGAACGAGGUAUAGGAGACCUUAAAAUACUACAAAACUAUGAAACAAAGCGUGUCAGACUUGUUAUGAGGCGGGACCAGGUCCUCAAACUGUGUGCAAACCAUUGGAUUGCUUCAAAUAUGAAGCUUGAGCCCAUGAAAGGAGCUGAGAAAGCAUGGAUCUGGAGUGCCUUCGAUUUUGCCGAAGGGCAGGGCAAGGUUGAACAGUUGGCUGUACGAUUCAAACUUCAGGAAACGGCAAGUACUUUCAAAGAGGUCUUCGAAGAGGCAAAGACUGCCCAGGAAAAAGACACUCUUCUCACCCCGCUUUCCGCAAGAGUACCUGCUUUCACCCAAGAGGCACUUUGUGGUAAGGCCGCAGUUGUUGUACUGGAGGAAACCACAAAAGAACGUACUGGACUUCCUGAGGUCGAAAGCAGUCCUAAACAGGAUGGGACACCUGGGGCAGAGCUUGGCGCUCAAAUCACCAAGAAUGUGGUCUCCCCUCCCAAGUUUGUCUUUGGGUCAGACUCUGUGCAGAAGAUCUUUGGGAGCCCUGUGUCAUCAAAAGAGAAAUCUCCUGUUAUGAUUCCCAGUCCAAAAGAUGAGGAAACGAGUGCCUCAAGACUGAAAACCUCUGGACAGGCAGUGACCAGUCAGCCAUCCAUUGGGACUUCUUUCAGCAUUCCAACAAAAAGUUUGGAUUUUAGGCUUUUCAAAAAUAAUCCAAUGGCAUUUUGGAGCUGCACAUCAGCCACCCAGUUUGAAGCCCAAGUUUCGCCUCGGUCAGAACAGAAGAGCACUGAAGACGUGUGCGAUGAUGAUGUUGAGAUUAUAUUUGAGCGAAAGCCAACAAGAGAGCAAGCAGAACUGGCCGCUCGACUGAUGCUUCCUCCUACGUUCUUCUGUUACAAAAAUGACCCAGGAUAUGUCAGCGAUGAUGACAAUGAUGAUGAAGAUUUUGAAACCGCAGUAAGAAAUCUGAAAGGAAAGCUGUAUCCGGACGGAGCCGAUGGGGCAUUGGAUCAUGACUCUGAGUGCACACUAGUGUGGGAGAAGAAGCCGACUGCAGCCGAGGAGCAGAGAGCCCGACGCCUGCAGCUGCCGCCCACCUUCCUGUGCGGCGUCAGCAGCGACUCCGAGGCCGAGGCCGAUCGGACGGACGACUUCAGCUCCGAGCUCCAGAAACUACAGCUCGCACAGGUGAAGCCGAAGCCUUCCCAUGAUGCUGCAGCAGAAGAGCCUCCCGCGGACGGCAGCCGGCCCAUUGACCUCUCCACAAAGAGGAGCAGCGAGACCGACUCCAGCUCCACCGCAGCAGGUCUUCCUUUUACAUUUGCAUCUGCGAGUGCAUUCUCAUUUGCAGACUUGGCAAAGACUUCAGGAGAAUUUGCUUUUGGCAAAAAGGAUGCUAAUUUUUCAUGGUCAAACGCCGGAGCCACAGUCUUUGGAAGUGCACCAACACGAAAUGAAGGAGAGGAAACGCACAAUGAAGGAGAAGAGGAGGGCAGUGAUGACGAAUCGCCCCGUAAUGAGGAGAUCCACUUUGAGCCGAUCGUGUCCUUGCCAGAGGUGGAGGUGAAGUCUGGUGAGGAGGACGAGGAGAUCCUGUUCAAAGAAAGGACCAAACUCUACCGCUGGGACCGCGAGAUCAACCAGUGGAAGGAGCGUGGCGUGGGAGACAUCAAGAUCCUCUUCCACCCCGUCAAGAAGUGCUACCGUGUGCUGAUGAGGCGCGAGCAGGUGCUGAAAGUCUGUGCCAACCACACCAUCAGCAAGAGCAUUGAGCUCAAGCCCAUGAACACCUCGGCCAACGCGCUGGUGUGGACCGCCACCGACUACUCAGAGGGAGACGGGAAGGUCGAGCAGCUCGCGGCCAAGUUCAAGACUCCAGAGCUGGCCGAGUCCUUCAGACGAGCGUUCGUCGACUGCCAGAGCCUCAUGUCGCGGGCUGACUGCGCUCAGAUGUCUAUGGCCGAGGCGCUUUCACAAGACACCAACCCUGUGGUGUACUUCGAUAUGGGGGUCGAUGGCGAGCCUGCUGGGAGAAUCGUCAUGGAGCUGUUCGCUCACAUCGUUCCCAAAACGGCAGAGAACUUCCGGGCUCUGUGCACGGGCGAGAAGGGCUUCGGUUUCCACAGCUCCGUCUUCCACAGGAUCAUCCCUGACUUCAUGUGUCAGGGCGGCGAUAUCACCAACGGGGACGGGACUGGAGGAAAAUCCAUCUACGGAGGGAAGUUUGAGGACGAGAACUUUGACGUGAGGCACACGGGCCCGGGCCUGCUGUCCAUGGCCAACCGCGGCAGAGACACCAACAGCUCGCAGUUCUUCAUCACCCUCAAGAAAGCAGAGCACUUGGACUUCAAGCACGUGGCUUUCGGCUUUGUCAAAGAUGGCAUGGAUGUGGUGAAGAGAAUAGCAGAGCUGGGCACUAAGGACGGUAAACCCACUAAAACCAUAACCAUCACAGACUGUGGACAGCUCUAAACUUUUCUACGUUUGGCAAACUACUGUUCAUCAUGUCUGAGAUCAUGUUUCCUGUUGUAUAAAUGUGAGAUCUUGUAUAUGCGGUGGUUUUAUUUUUGUCCUGUUUGUUAAUAAAUUAGUUGACAAUAAAAUGUAUGCUUUGCAAAAAAAUAAUUUACUUUUACUAUGAAAACUUGUUUAUCCCAGAGUUACCUCAGUGUGGGUUGAGUUUACAAGGACUUUUUCAAGGUUGACUUUCUUUGUUAUAAGUCUGUAUUUUGUCUAUUUCAGCAUAUUUCACACCAGCAGUGUUUCAGAUAAAGCUGAAACACAGUUUUGCUGUACUGCCUCUGUCCAACAUGAGCUCCCACAAAAACAGCAGUGACGCUUUAUAUUUUUAGUCUCCUGAACACAAAAUAAAGUUGUUUCACUAUU